AUGCAAUCUCCAGUCGUAAGACAUCAUAACCUCCAGCGUAUCCCCUUAUCAAAUACUCCCCACCGAGACCCUGCUGAACAAUAUAAGAUAGGAGAUCUGCCACAACUACCGCCGCGCCGCCACCGAUCCAUUCCCUUCUCAACCGACCUAGACUCUGAGUUCCGCGUUAUCCGAAACAGCGGCCCUUUACCGAUGGGAACUGCUUCUGGAAAGGGGGGGCUAAUGUGGCGGGCUGCGCCCGAUCAAUCAUAUAGACUAUUCCGUUACACUCCACAGAUUCCACGUACGCUCAGAUCCUCGGCCAUUCUCGAUCGCCGAUCCUCGGCCGCCACCCCGAUCAAUCAUAUAGACUAUUCCGUUACACUCCACAGAUUACAUGUACGCUCCGAUCCUCGGCCGCUACGAACCGUUUUUAUCUUUGUUAUAUAA